CCGCGUCGUGUCGCUGGGGAUUCACUUCCCUGAAGUUUUCCCACAUUUACUGAGGGGGUUUUAGCCAAGAAGAUGGACGUGUCACUCGAGGCACGAACCAAACCGCUCUCUACCUUGUCUUCGUUCAGUUACGUCCCACCGCGACGGAAGGAACCAAAAGAAAGGUCAUACUUCAACAAGGACUCACAGGUCCCCGAAGUCUCCAUGUAUGACCAAGUGUUCCACCAGGACGAGGGUUACGACAUGAGGCUGCGCCGGGAUGACAGAAAACACGAUAAAGGAAGAGGACUGGACAUAAACGAGGAGGAGAAGACCAGAGUAGUUCCUGUGCGCUCCUCUUCAGAAUACGGCCGCCGUCCUGUUCCCAUCCUCUACCAACCGGGUCGGCAAUACUCACGUGUGGCUAGCCUAAAAGCUGAAUACAUGAAAAAUGGGAUCAUCUGGAGUGUGGCAGAAGGCUACGGAUCAGUGGGCCCUAUUUGAAAGCCUGAAGUAUCCCAGCAUGAGAUCAAAGUCUUCACGCUGUAAAAGCAUUUAUUAAUAAACCAGUGUUGUAGUGUGUAGAUCUCAGUUUACUUGAUGGCACUUCAUCCGUCAUGUUAAAGGUCCAGUGUGUAACAUUUGAGGAUCUGUUGGUAGAAAUGGAAUAUAAUAUUCAUAGGUGUGUUUUCAUUAGUGUAUAAUGUUUAACCGCUGUGUUUCUACAGUAGCCCAGAACGGACAAACCAAACACUGGCUCUAGAUAGGGCCUUUUUGGGUCUUUGUGAGUCUUUGUAGUUUCUCCUGUAAGCUUGGAAGGCUGAGCUGUAUUCAAAUGGUUGCAAUCUGUAACCUAACCACUAGAUGUCACUGAAUCUUACACAAUGGUCCUUUAUUCAGAGGACAUUUAAUUACGAUGUAUUAGUAUCAUAUGCUGAUAAUUAAUGAGAAAAGUUGUUAUUUUCAGAGAAAUAUUAUCUGUUAAAAGACCUUAAAGAAUAAAUCCGAAAAUAUGAAGACAGUGACAUUUUCCAGGAAGCUCAAGCUACAUUUUAUAGUUUGGGGCUGAAAUCGCUCCAUCAGUGUGAGCGCCAUUUAAAGGUUCGUGUGGUGCAGACAGUCUAUAAAUCAAAGAGCGUCUUCCAGUUAUUGCAGCUCAAUAUUGCUCAUGAUACCAACGAUCAGAGUCUUGGUGUUCCGCUUUCUGCCUUCAGUAUAAUGGCUGUUUUUAUUAUGGGACUGAAUGUCCUGGAGGAUAGGCACAAUGUGAAUUCUUAAACUGACAGGAUUUCUCUAUUGAGCAUGCCACUGACUACUGAAAGAGAAGAAUUUACAUAAACUGUAGAAGUUACAAAAAAGUGCUUCAACCAAACCUACAAUCAUUCAUUCUGAGCACAUUCAUACUCAUAUUCACGGCUAUAGGUUGCUGGUGUUUGUUCUCCCCUCUGUUUCCUCCUAUGCAGUUGAUUAUUUUGUUACCCUCGCCUUGUGUGAACAGUUCUUUUUGUGCAUCACUAACCUCUUUGAUUCCCUAGUUCUUGGAUUAUUUUUGAAUAUAACUUUUGAACGUACGCAACCGAGAACAACCUCCCACAUAUUAGGAUGUGUUUGAGCGCAGGGAUCUCUCAUUUGCUUCCACCUUUGUACUCUGACAGAAAUAGACCCUUUAUUCUUACAAAUGAUACAGAAUUUCAGUGUAUUUGGUGUCAGAACUGCAGUGUUUAUUUAGGAGGAUCAGGAGCUAAUACACAAGGUGGCUUUUCGAAAGUAGAAAGUAAAAAAAAUAGCAAAAUGACAAUGUUGUGAUACAGAUUAGUAUUUAGUCACAGAAGCCUUUGGUUUCACACGUCAGUCAGCAGAUUUAUCCUCAGAGAUUUCUGUGCAGUCCCGCAGUAAAGCUUAAUGCAUCACAGGGCAUUUCACCUGGACGGCCCUUAUUAUUACCACAGGUAUUGGCAAUACAAUCAUUUCUGAAUGUUCAUAUUUUAUAAAUAUUUUAAAAGAAAAAAUAAAUCUGAUAUAAGUACUCCUUAAAAGUAUUAACAGAGACAUUGGUAUUUUUUUAUUAAAGGGUAUGUUGGUAAAUGUGAUAAAGGUAGUGGAGCUACUCUAAAAUAGACACCAGUGUUCAUUCUGCA